GAGAGAGAGAGAGAGAGAGAGAGAGAGAGAGAGAGAGAGAGAGAGAGAGAGAGAGAGAGAGAGAGUCCUCAACAUCCGCUGCCUACUAACUCUUGAAUGUUAGCCUAGUGGAAUAUGCUUCAGAUGAAGCAUAUGCCAUUGCUAAGCUCCAUCGUCUUCCUUGUCUUCACAAUUUCUGCGCUUGCAGGUAGUGAGGUCCAGUUUGUUUACCAUGGCUUUUCUGGUGUUAACCUAACCAUGGAUGGCAAUGCCAAGGUAACACCAGAUGGCCUCCUUGAGCUCACGAAUGACACAGUCAAUCUAGGCCACACAUUUUACCCAAGUCCAUUGAAUUUCCGCAAGUGGUUGAAUGGUACUGUACAAUCCUUCUCGGUCUCCUUUGUCUUUGCAAUUCUUUCCGUCCAUGAUGAUAUAAGUGCCGAUGGCAUGGCCUUCUUUGUUUCCCCAACCAAGAACCUUUCCAACACAUGGGCACAGUACAUAGGCUUGCUCAACAGCGAGAAUGAUGGCAACACAAGCAACCACAUGUUUGCAGUAGAGCUUGAUACUACCCAAAAUAAUGAGUUCAUAGACAUCGACAACAACCACGUAGGCAUCAAUAUCAAUAGUCUCCACUCUUUGCAAGCCCAUCACGCUGGAUACUACGAUGACCAGAGUAAAUCCUUAAAGAACUUGACACUGUUUAGUGGCAAGGCAAUGCAGGUAUGGGUAAACUACAAUGGAGAUGCCUCACAAAUCAAUGUGAACUUGGCUCCCGUGGGAACACCCAAACCUGAGAGGCCUCUCCUUUCUGCUCCCUAUAAUCUCUCAGGGAUUCUCAAAGAUCCAUCAUAUAUUGGUUUCUCAGCCACUACUGGUGCAAUCAGCACACAGCACUGUGUUCUUGGCUGGAGCUUUGCGAUGAAUGGACCUGCUCCAGCCAUUGACAUCUCCAAACUUCCCAAGCUACCACGUAUUGGCCCAAAACCACAUUCCAAGGUCACGGAGAUCACCUUGCCAAUAGUUACUGCAGCAUUUGUCCUUGUUAUUGGACUAGUCAUCUCCCUACUUGUUUAUAGAAGUUUAAGGUAUUCUGAAUUGAAGGAAGAUUGGGAGAUAGAUUUUGGGCCGCACCGAUUCUCCUUCAAGGACUUACUCCAUGCAACAGAAGGGUUCAAGAAUAAAAAUCUACUUGGUGUGGGUGGGUUUGGGAAGGUGUACAAAGGGAUUCUUCCAAAAUCUAAAGUUGAGGUAGCAGUGAAGAAGGUGGCCCAUGAGUCAAGACAAGGGAUGAAGGAGUUUGUUGCUGAAGUUGUUAGUAUUGGCCGACUUCGACACCGCAAUCUUGUGCCGCUACUUGGCUAUUGCCGGAGACAAGGAGAACUCCUUUUGGUGUAUGACUAUAUGUCGAAUGGCAGCCUCAAUAAGUACCUGUAUUGCGAAGAUGGCAAACCAUUAUUGAGUUGGUCCCAAAGAUUCCACAUCAUCAAGGGUGUUGCAUUUGGUUUGUUAUACCUCCAUGAGAAGUGGGAGAAAGUGGUUAUCCAUCGAGACAUUAAACCAAGUAAUGUACUCCUGGAUAGUGAAAUGAAUGGACGAUUAGGUGACUUUGGUCUUUCCAGGUUGUAUGAUCAUGGCACGGAUCCACAGACCACACAUAUGGUUGGAACCAUGGGUUAUUUGUCCCCGGAGUUUGUUCACACAGGUAAAGCAUCCACCUUGACCGAUGUGUUUGCCUUCGGCAUAUUUCUUCUCGAGGUCACUUGUGCGCAGAGGCCGGUUAAGCAAAAUCCACUUCAAGCUAAUCAAAACACAUUGGUUGAUUGGGUUUUAGACCAUUGGCGUAAUGGUUUGCUAAGUGAGACCGUGGACACAAGGCUCCAAGGUGACUUCAAUGCUGACGAGGCAUGUUUAGUAUUAAAGCUAGGACUUAUGUGCUCACAUCCAUUUACAAGUGCAACACCAAGUAUGCAUGAGGUCAUGCAAUACCUUGAUGCUGGUAUGCCACUCCCAGAGCUGACAGAAACACAUUUCAGCUUUACUAUGCGAGCCUUGGUCCAGAACAAAGGAUUGGAAUCACGUAAUAUGUUGUAUCCAGAGCUAACUACGAGUAUUGGCACAUUCUCGAGUCUUUCAGGAGGAAGAUGAUAUAAAUAUGUUUUGGCCAAGUUGUGAAAUUAUGUCACUCAAUUUAAAGAGAAUA